CCUCGCCAAUCCACGUCGAGCACAGUGUAAGCAAGGCAAGAAUGAGUGUGGAGAUCAACAAGGACGAGCAGGUUACCGGUCUGCGUGCAGGCCUCACAAACUAUGGUGACAAUGACUUUGCCCUGUUCCUCCGCAAGGCGUUCAUCAAGGGAGCUGGUUACAGCGACGACGCGCUCGACCGCAAGAUCAUUGGUAUUGUGGACACGGGAUCGGGCUACAACCCUUGCCAUGCCAACGUGCCGCAGCUCAUCGAUGCUGUCAAGCGCGGCGUCAUGCUGCAGGGUGCCCUGCCCGUACCCUUCCCGACCAUCUCACUGCACGAGUCAUUCGCGUACCCGACCUCCAUGUUUCUCCGCAACCUCAUGUCGAUGGACACGGAGGAGAUGAUACGCGCGGCGCCGAUGGACGCUGUCGUCCUUAUCGGGGGAUGCGACAAGACAGUCCCCGCGCAGCUCAUGGGCGCGAUCAGCGCAAACAUUCCCGCCAUCCAGCUCGUUGUCGGCCCGAUGGUGACUGGAUCACACCGUGGCGUGCGCGUCGGCGCGUGCACCGACUGCCGCGGGUACUGGGCCAAGUAUCGCGCUGGCGAGAUCGAUAUUGAGGAGAUUGCCCAGGUUGGCAACGAGCUGGUGCCGAGCGCCGGGACAUGCGGCGUAAUGGGCACGGCGUCGACCAUGGCCAUUAUAUCAGAGGCGCUGGGUAUUGCGCCUUUGGGAAGCGCCUGUCCGCCUGCCAACGGCGGGCAGCGUUUGCGUGUCGCCGAGUUGACCGGCAAGCUGGCAACUGUGGACAAGCUGAAGACGCCGCGCGAGGUGCUGACUCGCAAGAGCUUUGAAAACGCCAUCACUGUACUCCAGGCGAUCGGGGGUAGCACAAACGCGGUGGUUCACCUCCUCGCCAUUGCGGGGCGCGUGGAGGGGCUGAAUCUGACACUGGACGACUUUGACCGCAUCGGCCGCAAUGUCCCUCUACUAGUUGACCUCAAGCCAAGCGGUAACAACUACAUGGAGGACUUUUACAAGGCCGGCGGCGUCCCGACCUUGCUUCGCGAGCUGGGCGACCUGCUCCAUCUCGACGCGAUGACAAUAACCGGCCGCCCACUCGGCGUCGAGCUUGACGCGUACCCCGCCUCCUUCCCACAAGACAUUGUCCGUCAUCGCUCCAACCCGCUCGCGGCGUCUGCUUCACUCGUGGUCCUGCGCGGCAACCUGGCUCCGCUCGGUGCAGUGUUGAAACAGAGUGCCAUGUCGCCUGCGCUGAAGAAGCAUCGAGGCCGGGCCGUCGUCUUCAAGGACGCCGAUGACCUCAUGGCUCGUGUCGACGACCCCGACCUCGACGUCGCGCCCGACUCGGUCCUCGUGCUCCAGAACAUUGGGCCAGUCGGACACCCGGGCAUGCCCGAGGCCGGGUACAUACCCAUCCCGAAGAAGAUUGCCCGCACGGGUGUCAAGGACAUGGUGAGGAUUUCCGAUGGCAGGAUGAGCGGGACGGCUAGUGGUGCGGUUGUUCUGCACGUGGCCCCCGAGGCGGCGGUCGGCGGCCCGCUGGCGGUCGUGCAGAACGGCGAUUGGAUUGAGCUCGACGUCGACGCCCGCCGCAUUGAGCUUGUCUUGCCUGAAGGCGAGCUCGAGGCGAGGCUGGAACAGUGGAAGGAGGACAAGGCCAAGGGCAAGGGCAAGAAGCGCCCGAGCCGCGGCUACGCGCAGCUGUAUCACGACAAGGUGGUUCAAGCGGACCAAGGGGCCGACUUUGACUUUCUCCGCGCCGACGGCGCAUAG